AUGGCGCACAUGACGAACCCGCUGGCAACUGCCGAGCAAUUGUAUCAGCGGAACAACCUCAGCUCUCUUCCCAACGACCUGCAGGAUGUCAUACUCUAUGUGACCCAGUCUCUGACACAGGCUGCGGGUGUUCUUCUCCAGCUGCCGCAGUCUGCCACGGCUCAGGCGAACGUGAUCCUUGCCAGAUAUUGGCUGGCAGAGUCUCGGCCGCUUCUCACAACUGAGUUCGGUGACGUCUCAGCCGCCUGUGUAUUCCUCGUCUCAAAGAUGGGCACUCGCACUCGCUCGCCGCGGGAUAUUUCAAACGUCUACGCCUAUCUGCUGUCCAGCAGCUCGUCGUUCAUGAGGAGUAAAAGCGCUCAGCCGCCUGUGGACGAUCCCUCAUCUUACUACCUGAGCGAUGCCGACUACUUCGCCUUUCAUAACCGUGUCCUAGCACUGGAGGCGCGGAUCCUUUACACGCUGUCCUUCGACACGCACGUGGCCCUGCCUCACCCUCUGGCCGUCACUUACCUCCAGACCUUGGAUUUCUGCAAUCAGCCCAAGGAGUCGAUCUCCAGGCGGACGGUAGAGUAUCUCAACACAGCGCUGCUCUCCCCGCAGCUGCUGUACCUGACCCAUCAGCCGAACAUGCUGGCAGUCUCCGCCAUCUAUAAUGCCGCCAAGGACGUUGGAGCAAAGAUGCCCGAGUGCGAGUGGUGGGAAGUCUUUGAUGUGGAGCGAGAGGAGCUUGGGUUCCUUGUGGUCGCCAUGCGCAGCCUGGAGGGGUGGGUAAGGAAGCAGCGGGAGGAAUUUCCAUGGGUGGCAGAGGGUAUGGUUACGAGGAAGACAGUACAGGCGGAGCUGCUCUCGAGAGGUAUUCGAAACGGCAAUGGCGGCGAGGCUGAAGAUGAAGAGGCGGCGAUGAUGACACAGAUGGAUAGAAUGAUGGAGCAGGCAGAUGCUCAGACUUGA